CCGCCGCCGCAUGCGACGCCGCCCCCGAUCGCCGCUCGGCUGACGCUGCUCGCUAUCCGCCAGGAUGAACGUGGCGGUGCUGCUGGUGCUGUCGCUGACGCCGGAGCUGGAGGGCGCGCUGGGACAGCGGGCACCCUGCUACGAGUGCGAGGUCUACAAGGACCAGCACCCCCAGUCCAGGCCCUACCAGGAGAUCCGGUCGCACUGCUCGUACCCGUGCGAGUGCGGCCCUCGGCCGCCGUCGUGCCCGGCCGGCGUGUCGCUGGUGCGCGACGGCUGCGGCUGCUGCGCCGUGUGUGCGCGCCAGCAGGGCGACGCCUGCGACGGCACCGCCAUCUGCGACGAGCGCCGCGGCCUCGUCUGCCAGUACCCGCACCGCACCGCCUCCACCGGCGUCUGCCAGGCAAUCAAAGGACUGCCGUGCACGGUGUACAACCGCACGUACGACAACGGUGAGACGUUCCUCUUGGACUGCCGCACGCAGUGCGCCUGCCAGAACGGGACGUACGCCUGCGCGUCGCUGUGCCCGCAGGAGUCCAUCUCUCCGCAGGGGGCGUGCCACCACCCGCGCCUCGUUGAGGUCCCAGGCCAGUGCUGUCGGGAGUGGCUCUGCGACAGCGACCAAGCGGAGCGCCCGCCGGACUGCCGGCCGCAGCAGUUCUCGCGCUGGUCCGAGUGCUCGGCGCGCUGCGGCCUGGGCGAGUCGCAGCGCGCGUCCACGCUGAGCCCGCAGUGCCGGCCCAGCAACGAGACGCGCCUCUGCCAGCAGCGGCCGUGCGCGCCCGCGCCCAUGCCGCCGCCGCUGCCGCCCAGGACUCACCACCACAUACGGCGGGGCCACGAGUGCAAGGCGACGCUGCGGUCGCGGUCCGCCGUGCGCCUGCGCGUCGGCCCGUGCCGCAGCCGGCGGCGCUUCCGGCCGCGGGCGUGCGCGGGCGGCGGCUGGGGCGGCGCGGGCGGCGGCUGCGCGGGGCGGCGCUGCCGGCCGCUGCUCAGCACCACGCUGCACGUCGACUUCCGCUGCCCGCUGGAGCUGGGCGCCGAGCCGCCGGGCGUGCCCGUCGCCGCCGCCGUCAUGGCGCUCGUCCGGCCCGGCGACGACCUGUGGGCCGACGACGACCACGAAGCGGACGAAGAGGCCAACGAGGCGGAGGAGGGCGGCUUCGGCGCGCCACAGGACACCAUCACCCUGCCGGUGCAAUGGAUCCUCAAGUGCGUCUGCACGCCGCUGUCGGAGUCAGAGCCAGCGGACGCCGAUGGCGCUGGCGGCGGCGGUGGAGGAGAGGUGCUGCUGCACCGCGUACACCGGACCGCCGCGCCGUGACGUGGCGUGACGUCACUGCUCCAGCCCAGUAUGCUGGCUCGAAAAGGCCGCAUAGGCGAAAGCGCGAACUUCGCGAGCUCGGGCUACAGAACAUGAGAUCAUUUCAAGCUUUCGCCCCUUGCGGGUCUUGCUCGUACGACGUGGGACAGAGAGAUACUAUGCCGUAAACAUCAACGAACACUACUUGGACCAAUUGCUGUCAUCAUUAUUGUCAAAUGCUAGGAGGGGAUCAGGAUGUCACUUCACCACUUCACUUCUCUUGCGAUUUGCACGCUACGCUGCACUGAGACAGCCUUGUCUGUGGUAAAUGCUGCACUGGGAUACGGCAUUUCGACAUACAGUUUGAGUGAAGUAGGCAAAAUGUUGGCGAGGUUCCUAAUAUUUUCCUAUUUCCCAACCAGUUUGGGCACAACACAGACACGUAAGUAACGAAUCAGGAUCGGAAACUGUCUUUCACUAUGAUAAAACAAUCGAAUUUCUUUACCAAAGAGCAAAUACAUGUUGUAUUCGGGCAGUGCUACGCUAGUAUUAAAUUUCAUUUUUGGAUUUACAGGGGCAUUAAAAAGAAAUCUCACGUCCGUCUUUCGACUGCGAAACAGUCCGAUGAAUCAGCACAUGUUACGGAAGCCGAGUAAACCAGAAAGAAAUAGUUAACUUUUCCCGCUAGGAGUAAUUUUUCGCCAGACUUUGAUGUACCUGCCGAGCAUUUCUAAUUAUUUGUGAAUUGUGCUGAGACUGCUAUUAACUAUAUCUAUUACUCCUAUUUAAAUGUUCCCUACAGAACUUGAGUUACUAGACCUCUACGUACACCUCGCUUUUUGGCAGCAAGUUCUGUUUCAAAUAAUUCGAGUCCCUGACUGGUUUUGAUGUCUUACGGAAUACUACAAAUUUCGAUUCUAGCAAUCCACUAUCGUUAAGCCUCAGGUUUUACAGAAUGAACUUCCACCUGAUCACACCGAAUACAGCUGUUGAAAACACAUUAACUCUCUAAGUAUCACCAGCAACCCACUGUUGCGACUUCCUGAGAAAUGAUUACGUAAACUUGCGCUGUUGUCAUUCUACAAUGACAAUAACGCGAGUUUAAAUACUUCGUGAUUACUCUGUUGGAACCAACUGGAGUAACUUGCUUUCUAUUAUUGUCAAUAACUUUUACAAUACAACUUGCCCAUCUAUGGCUGUCUUUUUUUACUGAAUGGAUAGUUAAAUUGUAUUUUGUGCCAGGGUGAGUUCUGAGUCGACAGAACAUUCAGAUGUACAGAUCAGGAACAAAUACUCUGAACCCAGAUGUGUCAGAUUUUAAUGUCUCAUACUGCCGAAAUACUCGCAUUUUAGCUACAUAAAUCUAACAGGUACUGUAACCUUAAUCAUUAUCUAAUGUUACUUAUACAGAAAGAUACCUGCGCACAACCAACGACAGACAACAAUGAUCCGCAGUAAACUACCUCGAAUAUUUAGAUACGAUGGAUUAUAGCAUGAAUGGAACACACUUUCGUCAAAAUCUCAUGAACAUAACUCUGAUAAAUUUGCUGAACAUAGGAGGUAACAGUGUAAAAGUCUAGAAUUCAGACGGCUUUCGAAAAAUGUCAAAUCCUGUUCCAGUGCUGUAUUUAACGUGUGUGAGUCAUCAAAAUGGUUCAAGACGAGCUACAAUUUGCAUUUUCCAACUAGGGUAAAUAACACUUCGAUUUUCGUAUCCUCCUGUACAAUCCAUGCCACGAAGUGUGUCAAUUCACAUAAGGCACAUUGCUUUUACGCUCACAAUGUUUGGUGGACACACAACGUGAAUGAAACUUGUAUAGGUAUACUUUCAUGUAACAAUGACUGUAAGCACGUGAAUUCUGUUUGAGUUUAAGUAAGAAAAUAUUUCCUAUUUGUUGACUUCAUCUUGUUAGAUCUAUGUGAUACAACUAACGAUAUAGUUUCGUGUUUGUCUGUUUAUGUCAAACAUGCAAAAUUGUUGUGUAACAUCGAUGACAAUCGACAGCUGAAUGUUAUUCCAACAGAGAAAAAUAAGUAAUUUACCUAUCUGAUUUGUAACUGUGAUGAUUAAUGCACCUUUUGACGUCAGUCUAAUUUAAAAUGGAAGCUACAUGUAAGCAUGUGUCUUUGUACUAGGCCUUCGCUGGGGACUUGUUCUCAGUCUGUAAGUAAUAAAUAACACAAAAGAAAAUAUCAGAUAACAAUAAUAUAUCAUGGUUAUUGGAGAAACACAUUUUAAUGGAUUAAAUUGUGAUAUCUGUAGCAAAACAAUAAUUUUGUGAAAUUUUAUUUGCUAUAAUAAAGGAUAACAUUUAUAUCACGAAGAUAAACGACACAUCGUGAAAAAAGUGAUUAAUAUUAAAAGUAACUGUCAUAUCGAGUGAAAUAUUUUGUGUAAAGUAUUAGAAAGAUGUCUAGAUCACGUAGCUUAUGCAACAGAAGAUAUAUUAAUAUUAACACAUAUACAGAUAUUUGAUAUACAUGUUAUGAUAGAGUAUAAUAAAAAGAUUUGCUGUAAAACCGAUAUUAUGUACUUAUGAGAGAUCUUUCUACUGAAACAUAUGUUCAUGUGAA